AUGACAUUGCUUUCUUCUCUGGGAAGAGCCUCUCGAUCUGCCCCUCUUGCCUCUAAGCUCCUCAUCCUCGGCUCUCUCAGCGGUGGAAGUUUAGUGGCGUACUCAGAUUCUAACGUAAAAGUUAAAAACAAGGAGCAAAAGAAGAAGAAAGUAGUUGUACUUGGCACUGGAUGGGCUGGUAUAAGCUUCCUUAAAGAUCAUGAUAUAACUUCUUACGAUGUUCAGGCUUGUACACCAAAAAAAAAAACAACCGAGGCUCACUUGAGCUUAAUGAAGCACAUGUUCAUGUUCGGUUUAAUGUUCCCAUAA